CCCUGUAGGCCGGUCAGACCUUCUUGGAGUUGGAUCCCCCUCGGCUGUCCUGUGUCAUCCUUCCCUCCUCUUGUGUUCGAACUUUCUGAUCCUGCGUACCUCCGACAGGGAACGAGAGAGAGAGAGAGAGACGUUCGCGAUGAGCGACUCGAGGGAGAGUAGUCCAGAUUGGCUGCGUACUUUUCAGGCUCCGCAUGUAUCACCUGCACUGUCUAGUCCCAGUGGGAGUCAAAGUUGGAAGCAAGAUGAUGAUCUUGAGGAGUCUAAGGAGGCAUUGCAGAGUGACCUGCACAGCAAAAAUCAGAAAACAAUUCUCCUUGAUGAUGAGGUAGAUUCUCCAAACAAACUUACAAAGACCAAGGCAAAGAAGAAAACCAAGCAAGAAGAGCAUGAUGAUCAGAACGAAGUUGUGACAGUGGAUACUGAUGAAGGAGAAGCUCGAGGUGACAUUUCUGAGAAUGUGAAUGAAGAGACAUUAGAGAAGAAGGUUCAACCUCGUGUAUCUUCAAGGCUACCUCUGGUUUUGCCUGACAAAAUCAGCAGGACAAAGGCACUUAUUGAAUGUGAAGGAGAUGCACUUGACAUGAGUGGAGAUGUGGGUGCUGUUGGAAGACUUCUUAUUUCAGAUAAGUCUACCGGGGGUAAAGAAAUGCUUUUAGAUUUGAAAGGAACGAUAUACAAAACGAACAUAGUUCCUUCCAGAACAUUUUGCAUUGUCAAUUUCAGCCAGACAGAAGCAAAGGUUGAGGCUAUUAUGAAUGACUUUGUUCAGCUGCAACCACUCUCAAAUUUCUUUGAAGCUGAGACAAUGAUAGAAGGUACUCUUGAUGGAUUCUCAUUUGAUUCUGAAGAUGAGGGUGAUCGGGGACCAAAGGCACAAGCACAUAAAAACAUUCAGAACACUAAAGGUGAAGAAGACCCUAACAAUGGGAAAACUAAGCGAAAGGCCACCAAAUCAUCGGUAAUAACACAGAAAAAAGGUAAAACUGCAGCAAAACCAUCAAAGAAAGGCGGAAGGAAAACCCAGGCGUCUAAGAAAGCAAAAAAGAAGUGAUGCAAGUUGUACUUAUUUUGGAUAAGUUCCCUUGUUACAAUGCUUGGUUUUCACGUGAAGCAUGUUCAACAGCUCAGAGGAAUAAAUAUCAAACGGAAGUGGCAGUGGGAUUUUUUAAUCUUCAACAGGAAGACAACUGGUAAACCUUGUGUCUUAGGGCAGGAUCCCUCCAGCGGAGAUCAGAAUUGAUUCUAUGACCGCAAGAAUAAAGCAUAUAUUCAUUUUCUUGUAUCAGUAUGUAAACAAUUUGAGUAGAAAGAAGAAAAAGGGAAAGGAGAUGAAGAGCUUGUAAUCCGAUUUUGAGGCAAUUAAUGAAGUUAACCGUUGUGAUAGAAUGGGUGUCUUCUAUUACUGUGGCUGUACUUUGUGUAUCUUAAAUCUCAGGAAGUGGAUGGAAGCACUUUGCAUCCUGCUAGUCGAAA